GAGCCACUUCCUGCACCCCCGAACAAGGAUGUGCUCAAGGCGACACAUAAAGCCACCAUCGAUAUUCUCGACCCUACCGGCCAACGCCGCAAGAUGUUUGACCGCAAUAACAAAGAUCGGGUUCGUCCUGGAGCGGUCCUUAUGGUCGAGUCCUACAACCAGCUUCCCAACAAAAGGAACACAUCCACGUUCGCCGGUCAGCUUAUGGCUAUCUGCAGGAAAGGCCCCGACACCAGCUUCCGAUUGAGAAAUCAUGUUCUGCGAACAGGAGUUGAAAUCAGAUAUUCGCUGUACAGUCCUGCCAUCAAGGAGAUCCGAGUCUUGGCGCACCGGACUCACAAGAAGGCUAGGAGAGCGAAGUUGUACUACCUCAGGCAGCCAAGAUACGCAACAAAGCUCGUCGACAAGUUGGUGAAGCAG